CUUCCCUCCUCUAGUUCAAACAUGAACGCUUCCUCUAACGCGAACCUAAGCAGCUCUCCCCCGUUCUGCCUGCUGGGCGCUGUGGGUUACUCCCACAGCCUGGAUACAUGCGUACUGGAGGUGGUCGUCAUCCUCUUCCUCACCGUGCUGAUCAUCGCCGGCAACCUGGUGGUGAUCUUCGUCUUCCACUGCGCCCCUCUGCUGCACCACCAUACCACCAGCCACUUCAUCCAGACCAUGGCAUACGCCGACCUGCUGGUGGGCGUGAGCUGCCUAGUGCCCUCCCUGUCCCUCCUCCACUACCUCCGGGGCCUGAACGAGGAGUUCACCUGCAAGGCGUUCGGCUACAUGGUGUCGGUGCUGAAGAGCGUGUCCAUGGCCUCCCUGGCGUGCAUUAGCAUCGACCGCUACAUCGCGAUCACCCGCCCGUUGUCCUACGCCACGCUGGUGACGCCCUGCCGGCUGAGGGUCUGCAUCGUCCUGGUCUGGGUUUACUCCGCUCUGAUCUUCCUCCCGUCCUUCUUCGGCUGGGGGAAGCCUGGCUACCAUGGGGACAUUUUUCAAUGGUGCGCGGACUCCUGGAAGACAGACCCGGGGUUCAGCACCUUCAUCCUGGCGCUGCUCUACGCGCCGGCAGCGCUCAUCGUCUGCUUCACCUAUGGGAGUAUAUUCAGGAUCUGCCGGCAGCACACAAAGGAGAUCACCCAGCGCCACGCUCGCUUCUGCUCGCAGACGGAGGGGGGCACCGGCGAGCGAGGGGAUCGGGUCGACGGCUGCCCGGACAAACGCUACGCCAUGGUGCUGUUCCGCAUCACCAGCGUCUUCUACGUGCUGUGGAUGCCGUACAUCCUCUACUUCCUGUUGGAGAGUGCUGGACUGUACCACCACAACGUGGCGUCCUUUCUGACGACGUGGUUGGCGAUUAGCAACAGCUUCUGUAACUGUCUCAUCUACAGCCUCUCGAACAGCGUCUUCCGGAAAGGUCUCGGCCGCCUCUUCAGCCCUCUGUUCCCGUCCUGCCUCGGCUGCACCGCCAGAAAGGCUCCGGCUCCCGUCUGCCCGCGACCGGACCCUCGGUGCAAAGUAUGAUUCCUGACAACAAACAAACUUUUGGUUUGGUCCCUUUGGAGGCACGGCCCUCUGAGCAUGACCAAGGGGUUUGUGGCCCCGGCAUUGAAAUGUGUUGAGGACCCCCUGCUCGGAGCACGGAGAGGUGCCCGUGCAGACGCCUGCUGGUCCUGUCAGAAACUGAUUGUGCGGAAAAGUAAAGUUUCAUCUUGGAAGCUUAUCAGCGUGAUGCUGCAGCAACGACAGACUGAUGACACUUAAAGAAGUUUGCUGAUGAUAGCAAAUUAGAUUUGUGUAAUUUAAUUAAAUUGAUUUAAUGAACACUCCUGCACUGACUUAAGAACUCCCAGAAGCAAAAACAAGAAAAGGAAUCCACAGUGCGACUUGUGUUGUGCAAAAUACUGAAAUGCAAAAAAAAGUUUGAAUCUUGAUCUUUUCACGCCUGAAUCUGUAAAUUGUUUUUGUUCUUCCAGGGUAGAAAAUGUUUGACACUUGAAACUGACUACUGAUCUGUUUCCCCAAGAUACUGACGAGUGAACGAGUGACUGAUCUCAGGUGUUAAUCAGCCGUUCAGUGUGUGUGUGAGAUAAACAUGUGUAUCUGAUGGACUGUAAGCUCGUUUCCCAGAGAGAAGAUUGAGGUUUAUUCUGGAGCUUGUGUGUUUUAUUCAAAGGAUUCCUCUCCUUUGAAGCCGGGUGUUGGUGGGAAGCUCCAAGUAUGUUUACACAGUCUCGGGUUUUGCAUGGAUAUAUUGACUUAAGAAUUAGCUCUACUUUCCACGGCGGCCGCUGACCCAGGAAGUCUUCCUGUCGGCACACGGUGGUGCAGCCAUAUCAACGAGACAACACAGUGUCAUUACUUGGGAGAGUUUUUAUCUCUCUGCAUCUCCUCCUCAGGUUUAUCAGCUGUUCUCCGCUCAGCCUCGGGGCGGUUGCUCUUUUAUCUCAGCUGGAUCGGUACGUGACUUAAAUCACAAGUCACAUCGUAAGAUAAUCACCUCCUGACCUGUUAGGCAGUCGUCGUCCGGGUUGAUCAUCACGCUGCUGUCGGCCUGGGACACACACGGGCUCCGGUUUAAAGACUCCAUUGUCAUCUUUGAGGCUGCUGUGCUCCGACCGGUGAGGAACGGCUCCACGACCCCGACCGCAAGAGGGUCAGAGCACUUUACUGAGAGCUUGUGGCUUUUUGGCUUCAUGUAAAUACACUUCAGAGUGUAAAUAUUUAAACAGCAGCGAAAUGGGCCUAUCGGGGGGAAUUUCUUGACCUCCAGGGUUAUAAAUGAUUUUGUGGAUAGUGCAAUGUUUUUUUUUUAAGAUGAUUUAUUGGUCACAGCUAAGAGGUUUGACAAUGAGGCUGUUUAUUUAAGUGUCCACAAGGAGAAGUGUUUCUUUAUGCGCUGCAGGAAGAUUUAAAAUGUAGAGUUUGCUUUUCAAGUCCCGGAGAAAUAUUCCUGACAGCGUCUCGCUCCUGGAUGUUUUACAUAUUUGUAGAAAUGGGAAGAGAUAGAAACUGAAUUGGAGGAUUUUUCAUGAAGAGUCAUGAUGUUGCACAGCCAAAAAUAUGUCUGACUGAUAUGGUUUAUUAGGAGCUGAUACUGAAAGUAGAGACUAAAGAAAUUUAGAUCAGGAUUUUUUUAAAUACAACGAUUUGUAAGUGAUUCCUUAUCAAGGCCCUUAUAACAUAAAACAAAGAAAUAUAACCAAGGCUCAAUAUUUAACAGUUUAACCAUCAACCUGAUUAUAAAGAACUCUCAAAUCGAAAGAAACACAAAUACUAUCAAAUACAUAGAACUCGGGUUUGAAAAAAUAAAGCUACUUUGAGACUUAAGCUUUGAAAUGGCAGCACUCACACAAAGUGAACUUGUGUUUGCUGAUCAAGUCGAUGUGUUUAUUCAUUUAUUAAACAGGGAACGUUCACAUGAUGAGAUUGAUUAUUACUGUAAAUGUACCAGAAGAACCUGCUGUCACAAUUCUUAUACUCAUUUACCAGAGAAACUGAGUUACAAAGCUGCAGUAUAUCAGCUUCAAGCUAACUGACGAGAGAGAAAAC